AGUUCACAUCCCUUCCCUCUUGUUCCCUGGCUCCCUUCCAGCCUUUGACUUGUCAUACUGAUGGGUGAGAUGCCUUUCAUACUGGCAUAGGACACAGAGCGGAUGCCUCCCCUUAUGUUAUCAAACGGACCCAGCGAGUGAAGUCACUGAGAACUGAAGCCUCCUUUCAGCUUGGGAACAUUGGUGCCUUCGAGUUCAGUGGCCUGGCUUUAGAAAACCUAAACCAUGGCUGUAGAACCCAGCAACCCAGAAUCCAUGAAAAAAAGAGUUGGGAGGAGAAUGAAGAAGAUGAGCAACAUUUAUGAGUCAGCUGCCAACACGCUGGGCAUCUUCAACAGCCCUUGUUUGACCAAAGUCGAGCUGCGUGUGGCGUGCAAAGGCAUCUCUGACAGAGAUGCUCUGUCCAAGCCGGACCCUUGCGUCGUCCUCAAGAUGCAGUCCCACGGGCAGUGGUUUGAGGUGGACAGGACAGAGGUGAUUCGCACCUGCAUAAACCCAGUGUACUCAAAACUGUUUACGGUGGACUUUUACUUUGAAGAGGUUCAGCGUCUCCGGUUCGAAGUCCAUGACAUCAGCAGCAACCACAAUGGACUGAAGGAGGCUGACUUCCUGGGUGGCAUGGAGUGCACGCUUGGCCAGAUUGUAUCACAGAGAAAGCUUUCCAAGUCCUUGCUGAAGCAUGGGAACACAGCGGGGAAGUCCUCCAUCACGGUGAUUGCUGAAGAGCUGUCAGGCAACGAUGACUACGUGGAGCUCGCAUUCAACGCACGGAAAUUGGAUGAUAAGGAUUUCUUCAGUAAAUCCGACCCAUUUCUGGAAAUUUUCAGGAUGAAUGAUGACGCCACUCAGCAGCUCGUGCAUCGAACAGAGGUUGUGAUGAACAACUUAAGCCCGGCCUGGAAGUCAUUCAAAGUAUCGGUAAACUCUCUCUGCAGUGGAGACCCAGACCGCAGGCUGAAGUGCAUAGUGUGGGACUGGGACUCCAAUGGCAAGCACGACUUUAUUGGAGAAUUCACCUCCACCUUCAAGGAGAUGAGAGGAGCCAUGGAAGGAAAACAGGUACAGUGGGAAUGCAUCAACCCCAAGUACAAGGCCAAGAAGAAGAACUACAAGAACUCAGGCAUGGUGAUCCUGAAUCAGUGUAAGAUCCACAAGAUGCAUUCCUUCUUGGACUACAUCAUGGGUGGCUGUCAAAUCCAGUUUACAGUAGCUAUAGAUUUCACUGCCUCUAAUGGAGACCCAAGGAACAGCUGUUCUCUGCACUAUAUCCACCCUUACCAGCCCAAUGAGUACCUAAAGGCCUUGGUGGCUGUGGGAGAGAUUUGCCAAGACUAUGACAGUGACAAAAUGUUCCCGGCUUUUGGGUUUGGUGCCAGGAUACCCCCAGAGUACACGGUCUCUCAUGACUUUGCAAUCAACUUUAAUGAAGACAACCCAGAGUGUGCAGGGAUUCAAGGAGUCGUCGAAGCCUAUCAGAGCUGUCUUCCCAAGCUCCAGCUUUAUGGUCCCACCAACAUUGCUCCCAUCAUACAGAAGGUGGCCAAGUCAGCCUCAGAGGAGACAAACACUAAGGAGGCCUCGCAAUACUUCAUCCUGCUGAUCCUGACAGACGGUGUCAUCACAGACAUGGCUGACACCCGAGAGGCCAUCGUGCAUGCCUCCCACCUCCCCAUGUCCGUCAUCAUCGUGGGCGUGGGGAAUGCCGACUUCAGCGACAUGCAGAUGCUGGAUGGUGAUGAUGGAAUUCUAAGGUCACCUAAGGGAGAGCCUGUCCUUCGAGACAUCGUCCAGUUUGUGCCCUUCCGGAACUUCAAACACGCAUCGCCAGCUGCCCUUGCGAAGAGUGUGUUGGCUGAAGUCCCAAACCAAGUCGUGGACUAUUACAAUGGUAAAGGGAUUAAACCAAAGUGUUCGUCAGAAGUGUAUGAGUCUUCCAGGACAUUGGCACCAUGAACUCCACACUUUUACAGAGCUCGGAGACACUGUUCCUUCUAUUCCUGUUCCUGUACUUUAAAAAAAA